UACCGUCUGGGUAGUGAUUCCGGACGCUUGCUAAGUCAUGCCGUUUGAGACACGCAAAAUAGUAUGAGCGUCUAUAGCAGUAAGCAUUCGUGUCCCAUAAUUAUCGUAAUGGGGUGGUGACAGUGAAGAAGGGAAAGGAAAGGUUCUUUGCAAAUCAGCGUCUGCACGACAACCUUCUUCGAGAGACUUCCUCCGUACACUUACCUGUUGACGAAAUCGUGAAGUCGUGAGCUGAGUGAGUUUCCCAGAAGUGUGCAUGCAACGCCGAUAUUGCUCCCGUAGACGAAGACCAGAUACAACAACUGACGGACGGUGUUUCGUUCCGAACUAAAAAGAAAAUGUAUAGGGACGUCCAAAACGGGGAAAUUGUGUCAGCUUCCCAGAUGUCACCCAUGGUUCUCUUGUUCAUAACCACGGAUGCGUACGAACCAUAGGACCGAGACGCCCGGACUAUCGAAAACGCAGUUAUGGAGCCGACACCAUCCACGGAAGCUUCGGCUCGUUCGAUAUCAACUGUCCUCCUACAGCAAUCGCCUGUAAUGAUGAUGGUCGUUUUCUAUUCCGCAGCGAUCGUUUACGCCACCUAUUGGACGGAAUCGGACCCACUUAAAUGCGUUUUCUUCGUGUUCCUGUUGUCUCUGCUGCUGCUAACCGAUGCGAUAUCUGCUCCGGUUGCCGCUCUAUUCCCGAUCUUCAUGCUGCCUAUGCUCGGCCUGGCUACCACCGGAGAGAUUUCUAGAGCGUACAGCGACGUGACACAGUUCUCGUUCCUUUCCAUUAUGUUCCUGGUCCUGGCUGCGGUAGAAAGCGGCCUCUACAGUCGCUUGGCUUUGCUAUUCCUCUCUACCUUCGGCUGCAGUGCACAAGCGUUGCUCUUCUCUGUGAUAGUGCCGUCAGUUUUAGUCUCGCUCCUGUUCGGCAGCUACCUCUGCACUAUGCUCCUCUGGCCCAUCGUCGAUUGUGUCACUGAUGAGCUCUUCCUGGACAACUACCCAGAUGACCAGAGAAAAGUUGGAGAAUACGUGGCAACAGGGUUUCCUUCUCCCGCUCCCGACAUCAAUACGAGCUGCCUACCGGCCCACGCGGAAUGCCAGCCCUAUUUGCAUCGGGUUUUCGAAAGCCGGUCGUCUAGGGAGAUACAUACCGAACGAGACCAAUUGCGCAACACCCUGCUCUUGGGGCUUGUGUAUGGCACCAGCAUCGGAUGCACAGGAACACCUCACGGAACACUCCCGAAUCGACGCCUAUUUAAUUUUGUCAAUAGUUUCUACGGGCACCAUCCUCUCAACUACUUUACAUGGUUCGCGUACUCCAUCCCGGCACUAAUACUAUGUUCUCUAAUCCUAUGGCUCUACCUAUUUUGUUUCGGCGUACCUAGCAGGUUCCGUGUCCAGAACACCGUGGAAUGUCGUAAGCUGUUCAAGAUGAGGUAUACGUGUCUGGGAAAGAUGAAGUUUCACGAAGUGGUAGUAGCGCUCAUGCAGAUAAGUGUACUCCUGAGUAAUAUUGUAUUCCGUGGGUCCCCUACUGACUUCAGCGAGUACCGGUUCGGAUCCAGAGCGUCCUUCUUCGUCGCUAUUGGCUCCCUGGUGUUCAUAAUCCCCGCCAUACCAGUGGAAGGUGUGGACAGCCCUCCACUGCUGUCGUGGUCAAACUUCUGCAGUCGCAUGCCCUGGGGAUGUAUUUUCCUCUGCGGAGCUGGCAUGAUCGUCGCGAAAGUUGCUGCGACCUCUGGCAUGUACACCGCGCUUUUGGAGCACCUCAUAAAAGUUCAAAUGCCCGCGAUGCCUGUAGUGAUGCUAAUGUGCUUGCUGACAGCGAUCCUCGCUGAACUCAAGAACUUUCGCCGGCGUGAAGAAAUCUUCUGGGUCCCAGCGCUCAAUUUGCUGGCCCUAGAAAAGCGCGCAAAUCCUCUCCUUUUCAUGCUCCCGAUAUCCAGGUUGUCGUGCAUGACACUCGUCCUGCCAGUUGCCAACUACCCGAACGCCAUGCUGUACGAGUACGCCAGCAUUCCGUCCUGGCAGCUCAUAAAAUCUGGUCUUCUCAUGAAGCUGGCUUUCUUGGCCAUAGAAAUCUUCACUCUACUGACCAUGGGCUACAUUGUCUUUGACCUGGGUUCUAUUCCGUCUUGGGCAGUCACAUUUAUCAAUGCAACUAUCAACGCCACACCGGAAGCACUUCCAUCAGGCACUCCUGUUUAGGAGUUCUAUUUGAUGAAACUAAUAAACACGCGAUCUGGAACGCGCGAUGACAGA